AUGGAAGCGCAGACGAAUUCCAGAAUUGAGCCGCAGAAAGUGACUAGGAGAAUGUUUCUCCUUGCAAUCUGGGUAUCAUUUGCUGCAUGGAUUGCCAACUUUGACGGCGGCUAUGGUGGCAUUGUUUUGGUUAUGCCAUCCUACCAAAAGGCAUUUGGUCAUUGCCAACAGACAAUUGAUCCAGAGACUGGAACGGCUAUUGAGACCUGUGCCCUCACCGCACUCCAGCAAUCACUUGUCGGGAUAAGUGUACUCUUCAUGGGACUGGGAAGCAUUUCGGCUGGAGUUCUUGGCCCUAAAAUCGGUCGCCGGGGAACCAUACAAGUGUCAUGUCUCUUCUGCAUUGCUGGGGCUGGAGGUAUGCUAGGGACAUCGGGAAGCUUCUUGAACUACAUGGUGUGCAAAAGCAUAAGUGCGAUUGGUAUCGGCCAACUUGGCGCUGCCAGUAUUGUUUAUGGAACCGAAUGCGUCAUUGCAAGCAAACGGGGUCUAUUGCUUGGGAUCUACAACAUCGGGCUUGGCAUGGGAAAUCUUGUGUCAUCUGCGGUCUGUGCUGCCUCAGCAACUCUCCCAGCGCAGGAUGACUGGCAGUGGAAAGUACCUAUUAUUUGUCAGAUCCCACUUGGCCUUAUCCUCGGCGUUGGGAUGAUGUUCUUCCCAGAAUCGCCUCGUUGGUUAUUGGUACGGGGAAAGGAAGAAGAAGCACGCAGGUCCUUCAGCACACUUCAAAACGUGAUGCCAUAUUCAGACACGGUCACAGCACAAGUGCGAGAUAUCCAGCAAUCUCUCGAAUACGACCGAGCCACCAAUGCCAGCACAUCUUGGACAGAGAUUUACCGGGGCCAUAAUCUCCAACGCACAGCUAUCUCAGCAUUCAUUCUGGUUGGAUUGGCAAUAACCGGUAUUCAUUUUGUUUCCCCUUAUGCAACCUUGUUUCUGGAAGGAAUAGGGAUCGAGAAUCCUUAUCUCAUCAAUGCAAUAGUGGGUCUUUGUAUCUUUGGUGGAGCUUGCAUGAGUCCAUUUGUUUUGGAUAGCGGCGGACGAAGGUUCGCCAUGCUACUUGGCUAUAGCCUAAUGGCCAGCUGUAUGCUUAUCCUCUCCUCCGUUAGCACCGCCCUUGGCGACAGCACGAACGCAAAGAACAUUAUUGUCGCCUUCCUUUGCAUCUGGGCGUUUGUCUUUGGCGGACUUAUUGGUUCCAGUGUCUGGCUAGCUUCAGCCGAAAUGCACAGCACUCGAUUACGCACCAUCGGUCAGGCAAACACAACAUUCUUCUACCAGAUAUUUGCAUUUGGUGCUCAAUUCUGGACACCAUAUAUGUUAAAUGCGGAACACGGGAACAUGGGGGUGAAUGUUGGCUACUUCUAUUUUGGUGUGACGGUUGCUGUUCUGGGUCUUGUUUACUUAUUCGUGCCCGAAACUGCGAGAUUGACCCUGGAGCAGAUUGACGACUUCUUUCUUUCUGAUGGGAAAGCUCGAAACACCUCGACCAAGAAAAAUGUGGCAAUCUCCCGGGUUAAUCCUCGCCGCAGGUCAAUUCCGCUCAGUUUAAAGGGAGGUAUUGAAGUUGAAAAUAUCGAGAAUGCCCCUGCGAACUCAAAUUCUGAUUCUAAGUAUGCUGCUUGA